AAAAAAUGUACAUAUGCUCGUCCUAACCGGUGUAAAAUUUGUGCUAUCCCUUAGGGUGCCUACCAGGACACCCGACUCCACAAAAAUACAAAUCAUAUUUCCUGUUACAGUUUGUAAGACUCUUUCUGUUUAAGCAAAUUUCAAUCAGUCGCUAAUAAAACUCAGGAACCCGAUAAUUCGUUACGGUUGAAAAACCCAGAAACUACGCCCAAUUUGCUAUCCCUUAGGGAUAAAAUCCAUUUUCUCGACGAGUAUGUACAUUUUUUAGGGAGAGUCCCCCAACCGGGAGCGUAUACGUCAGCAGGGAUUAAAAUCACCAGCGUAACAAAGGUCAGAACGACUGCAUAGGAGACACCGAACAAGCUAUGCAGCCCUUGUUUGUAUUCUUCGUGUUAUCUUCCAAGGUUCUAUGCUGUUCUGCCUCAUCACAAGAUGCUAAACAGUACACAGCAGCCGUUUACGAGCACACAGCCAUCUUUUUUCCAUUCCAAUCCCCACCGCCGCGCGCCAAGGCAAUCCAGAUAAUGAUGACGAACUUGAAAGUUUACGAACAGAAAGCGAUAGAAGCCGCUAGCAAAGGUGCUCAAAUAAUUGUCUUUCCAGAAGAUGGUAUUUACGGCAUGGGGUAUACCAGAGAUAGAAUUAGGCCAUUCUUGGAGGCAGUACCUGAAGUUCGCCAUGAUAAACCAUGGAACCCUUGUCGGCAGCCAAAGGAUUACGUUGAAGUGCUACAAUUUCUGAGUUGCAUGGCGUUUAAUAAUUCUAUAGCAGUUGUGGCUAACAUGGGUGAUAUUCAGUACUGUGAUGAAAAGGACUGACAUUGUCCUGAGGACGGGCACUAUCAGUUUAACACCGAUGUCGUCUUUGACACAGAUGGGACAUUUAUUGCAAAAUAUCACAAGCAGAAUUUAUUCCACGAAAAUGCGUUCGAUACGCCUCCUUCAUGCGAGUAUGUGACAUUUGUUACGUCAUUUAAUGUCACGUUCGGUAUUUUCACAUGUUUUGAUUUGUUAUUUGAAAAGCCAGCGAUGGCUUUGGUGGAGAAAUAUGGUGUGAGAAACGUUGUGUUUCCGACAGCUUGGAUGAAAGGGUUUCCAAUAUUACACUCAGUUCAGUAUCAACAGUCUUGGUCGCGGGUUACCUGUGUUAAUCUUCUUGCAGCCAACCAAAAUCAACCUGCUCUUGGCAUGUGGGGGUCUGGUAUCUACUCUAGCGGGCAACCGCUUGCGUACGUUUACAAAUCACGCAUAGAAGAAAAUGAGCGACUGCUGAUUGCAACCCUUCAAGACCGUGCUUCUGAGACAGAAAUUCAAGUCCAUUCAAAGAAAAAAAUUACAAGAAUUCUCCCACUUGAAGUGCGAGAGAAACGUCAGGUUAAGGCUAAAAUAAUGGAUGAUUGGUACAGUGUGGUCAAACUUGAAUCACCUAAAGGAAACCGCAUUGUGUGCCACGGCGUUUUCUGCUGUAAGUUGGAAUAUGAAUUGCAAGAGAAUUAUGGGUCGGAGCUGUAUGCUUUGGGGGCUUUCCAGGGGCCGCACCAAACCGAGAAGUACUUUCUUGAAGUAUGCGUUCUCCUUAAAUGCUCAAGUACCGAUAUAAGCUCAUGCGGGAUUCCUGUGGUCACAGCUAAGACUGUGUUCCAGUCCCUCAAGAUAUCUGGAAGCUUCUCACCCUCAACGACUGUAUUUCCGGAACUUCUUGGCGGUGGAACUGAGGUCUUGUUUGAUGCCGUUGACAUGGUAACGAGUGGGCACUGCGAAAUGGAGGUUCGCGGGUUUGGUGAGCGACCGCUGGUGUCUGCUACACUACUUGGUAGAGAUUUUACUAGAGACGCUUAGAUCUGAUUAGAUAUGGUUACUAUGGUUACCAUCCUCGUUUAGCAAUUAAAGAGCCUCUGCCAGCCGCCAUUUUGUCAUCCUGCAAGUGGAAAAAGCAUCCAUUUUUUUCAUUUUGGAUUGAAUUUGAUAAGGGAGUUUUCAUUAAAUGUUUAUUAAAUACCCUAAGGGAAAAUAUAUUGUGUGGGUUCUUAUUUUUUCAGGUUCUACCGGAAUUCUUGGGGAAGAGAAGACACCAAAAAACUAUAGCACUGAUAGGGAGGGUUCUGAAAUUUUCAGGAGUCGUGAACUACCCUGAAUGCUACCCAGUAAGGGUAUUCAAUGAACACUCCCUAAAUAAAGUAUGAAACUUUGUUUUAUAUCACCACCACCAUUAUCAUAAUCAUCACUUUUAGUUUUAUUUUAGAUACUUUUUAUUUAUUUUGUAGAUUAUGUGAUUUCCACACCUUUGGCCUUUGGCCACCAUUAUCAUAAUCAUCACUUUUAGUUUUAUUUUAGAUACUUUUUAUUUAUUUUGUAGAUUAUGUGAUUUCCACACCUUUGGCCUUUUUUAUAAGUUCACUUCGCUAAACAUAUGUAAUUCUCCCCGUUCCCUUUUGGAUUGUUUUGCGUUUUUCCUUCCAAGAGGGACUACCACUUGGAUUGCUGUCUAGUCCUAGCGUAAUACAUGAAGUCUCGAUCUGUGAUUUUAUUGCCUUGUAUUGUGUGUCUUAUUGUGUGCUGGACGUCGGCAAUUAAGGUCAACUGAAACAUCAGCUACAUCUCUUCUUAAGAUCUCGGCUACCCAACCUCCCUCCCCCUAACAAUAUAAAUCAUCUUAAUCACAACUACCAGCAUUAUAUCAUUAGAAAAUCGUCAUUAUCUGUGAGGAGGGAAAAUAGUUUUUUUUAAGAGACAAUUUCCUGUACUUUAAGAAUUGUAAUAGCAUCAAUAAAUCUCUAGAAUUUCA